AUGACGACAAUCACCUUUGAUACCUUGUCGGCUAACAUCUUAAGGCCUGGCGUCCUGCAAGAGAUUGCAGAAAGCGCAACACAGAUAGAGACAGGCAACCGUCCAAAUCGCGUGCUGCUUGUUGGGUACCGGUCUAGUAAUGGUAGUGUUGCGGCUUUAACACCUAGGAAACCAACACGUAUUAGCCAAGCCCAAGACUAUUUUGGCGCAACUUCCAUGCUCGCUAAAAAGUUUGCGGCGUUUUGGGAGAUUCACCAACGAUUUAAGGUUACCUGUAUUGCAGUAGAUGAGCCUAGCUCUGGUACUAAAGCAACAAAAACACUGACAUUUACAGGUACCGCAACAGAGGCAGGUAUCAUUCAUCUAUAUAUAGAUGGCAUCUACGUGCCUGUUUCCGUUGCCAGCGGCGACGCGGCAGCGGAUGUUGCUACAGCUGUACAGACUGCACUAGCGGCACGCACAGAUCUGCAAAUGACAAGUAGUGUUUCUAGUGGUGUUGUGACCUUAAGCGCUAAUCAUAAAGGUGUUCAUGGUAAUCACCAUGACGUGCGUGUUAACUACCGUCAAGACGAAGAUAAUCAAACAUUACCUGCUGGUAUUAGCCUGGCCAUUGCUGACGGCACCGCUGGUAGUGGCGUUAUUGACAUUACAACGAUUACGGCUGUUAUGGGUGACAGUCCCUAUGAAUUAAUUGUGCAGCCUUUUUCCGAUUCGCAAGCGUUAUCUGAUUGGGAAGAAGAAUUGCAGCGACGUUGGGGUGAUGACGAAAACCUAAAUAGCGUCAUGAUGGUUCCUGUCUUUGGUACCCACUCAGCAAACACAACAUUAGCUGAAGGUUUAAAUACACAAUUUAUUUGUCCACUUAGUCUGCCAAGCAAUAUUCCUGCAACACCAUGGGAGGUUGCAGCUCGUGUUGGUGCAAUAGAGACAAAUGUUAACGAUAUUGAAGUUGGUAGACCUUGCCAGCGACAAGUUGUUCCAAAUACCUUGGUACCAAAUGAAGAGCAUCGAUUUACAGGAGCGGAACGAGAAGCACAACUUCAAGCAGGCUUAAGUACAUUUUACGUUGAUGAUUUUGGUAAGCUUCGCAUUGAGCGCUUAAGAGCAACCUAUAAACGAAACAGCGCAGGUGAAGAUGAUUACCGGUUCCGUGACUUUGUUGUUAUGCGUAUGUUGCAAGCUAUGCGCUACGACUGGCAACGACGCAUUCAUUUAAAAUUUGCUGACUGGAAAUUUGCAAGCGAUAACAACGCAGGCGGCCCUGGUAAACGUGUUGUUACACCUAAUGUCUUAAAAGCAGAAGCACUAUUUCAGUUUGAUGAUUGGUUUGAUGAAGUCUUAGUGCAAGAUCGUGAUCAAUAUAAAAAAGAUCUACGUGCCAUUGCUUUAAGCGAUACGCAGGCAGCAAUGAUUUUGCCACCACACCUUAUUGGUCAAUUUCGUCAAGUAUUAACCCGUGUUCAACCCAUUGUUAAGUAG